AACGUCAGACAGCGCUCUGAAUUGGCAGGCAAAGAGAAAUGGCGGUAGAAAAGACCGAUGAAAGCAGGGGGCAGACACUACCCCAGUUCCUGAAACGGGCGAAAAAUUUACCUUCUUUUUCGGAGCCGAGUCUCCUUUCAGUCAAUGGCACCCCGCCGUCUUCACAGUGGACGGUGUCGAGUACAACUGUGCCGAGCAGUACAUGAUGUCCCAAAAGGCUGUGCUGUUUGCAGACGAGAGUGUGGCUGCUAAAAUCAUGGCCAGUGACGACCCACGAGAACAGAAGGCUCUCGGGAGGAAAGUCAGCAACUUCAGCGACGAAACUUGGAAGAAAAACUGCAGAAAGAUUGUCAAAAAAGGCAAUUUAGCCAAGUUCUCACAGAAUUCUGAUUUGAGAGCAGAGCUGCUACAGACCAAGGGAACCACUCCGGUGGAGACUGGUCCCAGAGACACCAUGUGGGGUAUUGGACUCUCUGCAAAGAGCUGGAAAGCCCAAAACAGAAAGUAUUGGAGAGGAAAGAAUCUGCUGGGUGAAAUAUUAACUGAAGUCAGAGACGAGUUAGCUACUGGAAACGAUACAAAUGACUGAGCUAAUACCCGUUUAGUGUGUAUUUCUGCACUGUAUAGGUGGUUUUAGCUAAGAAUUAUGUGUGUGACACAAUGAAUAGUGAUGACAUGGAGAAUGAAAGUUCACCUAUAGAGUUUGGG